CAUGCGUACUAGAGUUCUGACUGUCAUUCUGCAGUAAGAAAGAUGGAUAGUGAUGAGGCUCCAGCUCAGCGGCCUGUCACCUUGGACAUCAUUGUAGAAGAUGUGACCCCGGACCCAGACCCUCUGGUGCCAACCACUAGCCAGACCCCCUCCAGAGAUGCCCUCCUUCCCCAGGAAGACAGCAUCGACCUAGGUGGGGAGUUUGUCACCCCCCAGGAGGACAGCAGCGCUACACCUUCAGAGAGCCUGAUGGACAAGCUCAACGACCAGAUGAUGGAGAGUGUCAUGAUUUCUGACUCACCUAAUUACAGUGAGGAGGACGAUGUAGCUCCCAUUGACUCCUUUCUAGAUGGAGGAAUUGAGGAGGAGGAGGAGGAGGGGGAGGAGGAGGAGGAGGAGGAGGAUAAGACACAAGGGACUUUAGGGGGCACACAGGAACAAAGUGAAAUUGGACAUAAUACAACUGAGAUUACAGUUUCAGUGGAGGAACACGAAAAAGGUGGUGAUGACGGCAAAGUAGACGAAGACACGAAGGAGCAGAUCGAAACACAAGAGCACGUUUCAGCUUUUGGUCCUCCACAAGGUGACAUUCAGAGCCCGACUGAUGCUAUAGAAAUGGAACCAGCACUACAAGAAGCUAAAGGGACUGGCCCAAAAGAAGAGUCUGUUCCUGUGUGCACCAUAUUCAGCCAUGGAACGCAGCCGAGGUCUCUGGUACCUGAUGGCUUCCAGCCCACUCUCAUCAAGUCCCCCAGCUUCAGCAUGGGAAGUAGUGGGCCAAGCACUGAGGCAGUGACCCCCAGCAAACUGACACCCCCCCUUGUAUGUCAGCCCAGCCCCAGCCUCAGUAAGUUCUUCUCUGACAAUGGGCAGUGCAAUCCAGCCACUGAUUUCUUUGAUUCCUUCACUGUCCCCUCCUCCUUUAUCUCAGUUUCUAACCCAAAUGCUGAUGUUGCUCCUGGCUCCAGCCCAGCACCCACUGCCCCUACCCCUGAGCGCCAGCUCUCCUCCACCUUCUCCAUCUCCACCCCUGGGGGACUUCUGGACUCUGGUGCUCCCACCCCUAGCUCGGUGUUCUCCCCUGUCCCUACUGAAGCAACCACUAAAACCCAGCCUCCUUCAGUUCAAGCAGUCCCAGCUCCAUCUCAGACCCCGGCCAAUCAGCCACAGCCCUUCAACCAGCUGCAGGCCGUGUUCUCAGGCAAUGAUGACCCUUUUGCGAAAGCUUUGAGUCUGAGUGAAGUGGACAGACGCUAUGAUGCCUGGCUGCCAUCUGAGGAGACCAGGAAGGUGUUGAUUUCUGUUGCCACCCAGCAGUACAACCCGGCUUAUGUGGAGACCAACAGAUUCACCAUGCCAGGACUCAAGUUUGACAACCUGCAGGGUGAUGCUGUUAAAGACCUCAUGCUUCGUUUCCUGGGAGAACAAGCAGCAAUGAAGCGACAGGUCCUCACUGCCAACUCUGUGGAACAGUCCUUCAAUGGCCUUAAACAGCUCAUCAGCAGUAAGAACUGGCGCGCUGCAGUGGAUCUGACAGGCCGGCUGCUGACAGCUCAUGGUCAGGGAUACGGAAAGGCUGGCCAACCAACCUCCCACACCACCGACUCACUGCAGCUGUGGUUUGUGCGGCUCGCCCUCCUCACCAAACUCAACCUGCAUCAAAACGCUGAGCUGGAGAUUGAGCCCUUUGGCAACCUGGACCAACCGGACCUCUACUACGAGUAUUACCCCACUGUUUACCCCGGGAGACGAGGUUCCAUGGUGCCGUUCUCUAUGCGGCUGCUGCAUGCCGAGCUCCCCCAGUACCUGGCCAAGCCCCAGGAGGCUUUGGACCGCCUGCACACUCUCAAAACCGGCUGCCUCACUAUUCUGGAGAACUUGGAGAAAGGCUUGGCUGAGGAUGGCAGCAUGAUCACCUUAACACAGGAGAACAGGCAAGUGUCUCUGAAGCUGUGGAGGUCUCGCCUCAGCCGGGUCAUGUACUCCAUGGCCAACUGUCUGCUGCUGAUGAAGGACUAUGUUCUCGCUGUGGAGACCUAUCACUCCACCAUCCAGUAUGAACCCCAGCAGAGGGUGCAGCUGCUUAGUGGCAUAGGACGCAUCUUCCUCCAGAUCGGAGACGUUAAAACGGCAGAGAGGUACUUCCAGGAUGCGGAGAAAGACUGCCUGAUGAAAGGGAGCCAGCCCGGUCAUACCACAUGUGUGCUGAUGAACAGGGCCUUUGUCUACCUCAGUCAGAACAACUACUCUGAAGCACACUCAUCCUUCACUGAAGUCUUGAAAAUUGACCCAAAGAACCCCGUUGCCAACAACAAUGCAGCGGUGUGUUUGCUGUAUCUAGGCCGCUUAAAGGAGUCCCUGGGUCAGCUGGAGGGUCUGGUGCAGCAGGAUCCCGCUCUCUACCUCCACGAGAGCGUCCUGUUCAACCUGACCACCAUGUACGAGCUGGAGUCGUCUCGCAGCACCCAGAAGAAGCAGGCUCUGCUGGAGGCCGUGGCCAGCAGGGAGGGGGACAGCUUCAAUACGCAGUGUCUCAAACUGGUCUGAGAGGCAAGAGGAUAAACUGGAAAUGACACACACACACACACACACACAUAGACACACUUUCUCAUCCUGUGAGAGAGGGAAUGAAAAGCCCAAAAGUAAAUUCUGUAGAGGAGAAGAGAGAGCUCCUGUUCCUUUUAGAGUGUGGGGCAAAGUGAAUGUUUAGUAGAUGGGUUUAGUUUCCCAAAAUCAUUAUGAACUGUUUUUAUUCUUAUGAAAGUGAUUUGGUGAGCUAAACCCUGGUACACAUUUCUCUUUGUGUCAGCCCACAGGAGGGAGAAGGCAUUCCUUUCCCUUUGACCCAAUAAUGAUACAAAACUUUACAUGCAGGAACAGAAAAAGUGGUUAAGUCACCUGCAGAAACAUGCAUCUACAAAAGUCCCGUCUAUGCAGGAGUUUAUCUUGUUUGUUUGUUUUUUUAGCAGAUUAAAGGAAUAGUCUGACAUUUCAGCAACUUCAAAUUUAAUAAAUGUGCUUUUGUUUUUGUUAAAGAUCAGUGUCUCUCUCCUUCUGCAUUGUUAAUAUGAUGCUAACGCUAGCAGGUAGUUAGCUUAACUUAGCAGGUUAGAAGAAGUUAGCACACAAGAAGACUGGCUCUGCUUAGAGGUUAAUCUAAAAACCCGGCAGCUACCUGCAGAUAGCUUAAUUUAGCUUCAAGAUAAGAAACAGGAAAACAUUUAGCCUGGUCUGCUCUUAAGACAAAUAAAUUACCCAUCAGCCUCAGGGCAUUAAGCUUUACUUAGCAUUAGGACUACAAACAGGAAAACGCUAGCCUUGCUAUGUCUUCAUGUUGAUACAUUCACCCGCUCACAGGAAGGAUAGCUUCACAUAAUAAACCUGGAGCUGUGCUGGAAGGGAGAGAGAGUUCAACUACAAGCUAACAAGCAGUUAGCUUAUUCACACAAGGACUAAAAACAUAUAAACAGACUGGCUCUGUCCAAAAGUUUGUCUUAAAAAUCACCUCCCUGUUAAAAAUCAGUUUAAGUUUAACAGCUGACAUCGUCUAAGAUCUAAACCGUUCUCCACUGAGGAACCAGUCUGACCUCAUGGUGAGGGUCACAUGACACCUACUUUCAGACUGAUGCCACAGUUAUUUUUUAACACUCAUCGAGUGACUCAAGGCUACUUUCAUCAUCUUCAUAUUUCUUUGUAUAUAUAUAUUUUUUACAUAUAAAAAACAUUUUGUUUUGGUACACAGGCUACACAUACACACUAAUUAAGCUAACUCUACACUAGUUACACCUCUAGUGAGCUUUUCUUCUGGCAUGUUCACUUCCAGAUGUGUCACAUGUUAGUAAAUAUUAUUAUUGUUCCACUUUUUAAAUUAUUUUUCUCACAAAAAUGUAGACACACUUCUACUUUUUUUUAAAUCCAUCUACGGAGCUGUUGUCUUUUCAUUUUCUGAUCCUUUUUUUAUACAGACAACUUGAACCAAAUGAACCACAGCCUGAGAGGAACACAUUUGGAAGAAUAAGGGACAAUUCUGUGAUUAAAUGAACAUGUUAUCAUGAUUUUAAAAUCUGGUCAACUGGGUGCUAUUUUAGCACCAGAAUCAUGAGGGAUAUUUAUUUUUGUAAGGGAGCUCAGCUUGUUACCAAACUCUAGUUCGCUUUAACAUUUCGGUCACAGUGACGAGGAGCAGCUUUAGCAACGAUAAGUAAAAGUGCAGCAGUAUGUCAAACCAGCUUUACUAUCGUCUUACCUUUACUGUUAGGAGGACAUCUUGUUCUACCGUCAUCUGAGAUGUGACCCUCAUCAUGCAGGUCUCAGUCCACCUGAAUCCACUAGUCAGCUAAGCAGAGCCUCAUAUUAAGGGUGCAGACAUGUUUAUUUAUUUAAUCAACGGAUUAAAGUGUAAAAAAGAAUCACCUGAAGUGUCAAACUAUUCCUCAGUUGUUUUUCCCACCACUUGACAACAGACGACUAAUCCUCCAUGAAGCAUCGUGAGAGUGGAGGAGACAGCUGGGUUUAAGGGAGUUGUCGGUUCAUAACUUGAGACUCGGACACGGGCAUUAUCCUGAGCGUCAGUGUGACUAAUAAACUACCACACAGGUCCAAAGCUUCUCCAUCAGCACACACCUAAUGCAUUAACAGUCACAAACCACUUCUUUUUAAAACUGCCGGGGUCAUUAUUCACACAUCCUGUCCACUACACCAUGAUGUAAAUUUGUACAUAUCGAAAGGAUGAUUUUUUUUUUUCUGUUAAAAUAAUUAUAUCAUAAAUCACUAAGUUUAUUAUUAUUUUUUUUUGUGAUUUGUCCUGAUGGAUCUUUAAUUAUCACUGUUUACUUACUGUGCUGAUCAUAUUAAUGUAUAUUAUUAUAAAGCUUUUCUUUUUAUCCUAAAUAAAAAUGUGCUUUUAAAUCAA